GCACGCUUGAAGCACUGAUGAGCCGUAAAACGACGCUUCCUACCUAUGCUGCUCCAACAGAAUUACCUCCUUCUGCGCUAGCUGGAGGAAAGGGUAAACAAUUCACGCAAGUGGAUGUUCAAAACGAUCCGGUCUUUGCUCUUGCAAAGAAGCACUGGGACACCGACAAUCACAAAGUCAAGUGGAAUGCAAAGAUCGUUGAGGAGAUCGCAGCAGAUUAUUUUGGAUCGACAUCAUGGGACGGUCGUAAAGUCAUGCUUCUAGAGUUGUUGCAGUUUCUCGAAAAAUACCUUUGGCCACACUUUGACUUGACCAAAAGCUCUCUAAACCACGUAUUGUCCAUCUGCGUUAUGGUGAACGAAAAAUGUCGUCAGCAUAUCUCACCAUGGGAUACCAUCACCCAGGAAGGCGACAAAUUCUCACAACUUUUCCAACGCGUUACCGAUUUGCUCUUGGAAGAAAGUGAUGAUAUCGAUAUCCACGUUCGUCGAAUUCUUCUCAUGUUCGUCAUUAAUUGUUACCGCAGUUUCGAAAAUCCCAUCGUUAGAAAGGAAUGCAUGAAUUUACUGUCAAUUGCCAUCUGGACUCCCAUUUCUGAGUUGAAACGUGAAGCCUACUACGAAGAAUAUCCGCCUCUUCGAAAGCUCUGGAAUACUUCACAGAAGAAGCUUAAGACUGCCGAUAAAGACAGCAAAGCGGCUUUAGAAAAGGGUGCCAAUUGGAUCUCUACUUUGUUACAAAAGUUUCUUACAACUCUAUACAGCAUCCCGCAGCUUGGAGAUGUUCCAGUUGAGACUAUUCGCUUCGCGGAACGUUGCGUGGAAUUUUUCAUCGAUCUGGAAUCACAGCUUCCUACUCGCCGAUUCUUCAACACCUUGUUGGCCGACCAGCAAGUGAUUAUUUUGGCUACGAUGGCACCAUUCAUGAAGAGAGAAGAGCAGGAUGUUCAGCUUUUGCAGAAGUUAUUGGAUAUUCUUACAUUCUAUUCUGGGUUUGAGGUCAAUGACCACACUGGUCUAGCCCUGACAACGAAUGAUAUGACUCAAGCACAUUGUGACAGACUUGUGUCUUUGCAACAUGUCGCCUUCCAACAAUUCCGAUCAACUCUUCCUGAUUUACCUUUAGCGAACUUGGCAUCUCUGGAAACACGACCUAAUCUCUUGAAACACUUCAAGCCACUCUCAACUGAUGAUCUUGUUAAAUUGUGUGACGCACUUCAUAUCCGAACUGAUUUGAUUCUGGAUGCGGCCACACUUCAAGAAGCUGAUGUUGACGUUAGAGAUGUCUUGUUGGAGUCAUUGGUGACGAAGUUUGUGAAGCGUGAGAGCCAGAUUGACAAAAUCAAUGCCACACCGUUGUACCCGAAUGAGGAGAGUCUGUUUAGCGAAACUUUGAUCAAUGCACAGUUCUAUUCAGGAGAUGUUCCACUGGCCUUACCUAAACUCAAUUUACAAUUUUUGACCAUUCACGACUAUUUGCUUCGCAAUCACGAUCUUUUCAAUUUGGAAGCUUCAUAUGAAAUUCGCCAAAACAUUGAAGAUGUUGUGAAGAGAUUAUCGCCUCGCUUGACAUAUCCUGAUCGAAAGACUGAAUUUGCUGGUUGGGCUAGAAUGGCUGUUGCCGUAUCUAACUUCACGAUCGUCGACGUUGCCAAAGCUAACCUUGGCGAAAAUCAGCCUGCCUAUGUCAAAGCUGACGUUACUUUUGACAUUGGACGGUUUACUCAAUCUAUCAAGUCGGAAUGGGAUCGACUUAGACCACAUGAUGUUCUGUUCUUACUCACCAUCCAAGCGACCGACAAUAGUGGCUCAGCGUACAAGGAAGACAAAGAUUUCCGUUCUCAUUUCGGAUUGAAAUAUAUUAGAGGCUGUGAGAUUUGCGAUAUCAUUGGUGGCGAUGGAAAACCUAUCACUGAGCAAGGAAAGCCUCGCAUCGACGACUUUAGCCGCAAGAUGUCAGGUUCCUCUAGAACUGUUCGCGUACUGCUCGACCCCAAUCAGUAUAAGACGGACAUGGAUCGCUUCAAUAGAAAGGAGUCCGGAGAUGUAUAUGAAACGUUCAAUGUGUUGGUUCGUCGACGUCCUGAGGAGAACAAUUUCAAAGCAGUCUUGGAGACUAUUCGGGAUCUUAUGCAGAGUGACCUUGUCGUCCCUGACUGGUUACAGAGAGUUUUCCUUGGUUACGGUGAUGCCAGCAGUGCCCAUUACACCAACAUGCCAAAUCGUGUGCGCGAAAUCAACUUCCGUGAUACCUACCUGGACUGGAACCAUCUAAAGGAGAGCUAUCCUGGAAAGAACAUAGUAGCAGCCAAUGGCAGUAAGAAGCCGCUUAAUCCACCUUACAUUGUUGAGUUCAUUGAGCCUGAAGCUGCAGAAGAAGAGGUUCCCAAGAAGAAAAAGUCAAAAACUGUCAAUGGGGCAGCCAAGACCAACACCAAAGAAACUCUACGAGUGUCGACGUGCCCUACCUUGAACAUGGGACCAUAUCCUCAAGACAUUCCUAAGACAAACACCAUAAGAUUUACACCUGCUCAAUCCGAGGCAAUCCAUUCCGGUAUGAAUCCUGGUCUGACCAUGAUUGUUGGUCCUCCUGGCACUGGCAAAACUGAUGUUGCCGUUCAAAUCAUUGCCAAUUUGUAUCAUAACUUCCCUAAUCAGCAUACACUACUCAUCACACACAGUAAUCAAGCCUUGAACCAGCUUUUCGAAAAGAUUAUGGCACUAGAUAUCGAUCAGCGUCAUUUGCUUCGAUUGGGCCACGGAGAAGAGGAGCUCAACACCGAUCAAAGCUUUGGAAAGUUUGGUCGUGUCAACUCAUUCUUGGAGAGAAGAUUGUAUCUUCUUCAAGAAGUUGAUCGUCUGUCUCAGUCCCUCAAUAUUGAAGGUGCACACGGCUCUACAUGCGAAACAGCUGGUUACUUUUACUCCAUGCACGUCCUUCCCAUUUGGAACGCGUAUAUAACUGCCGCAAAGGAAAUAGCUACCACUGAAGCUCUAGAGCAGAAGUUCCCUUUUGCACUGUACUUCGCUACUGCUCCUCAGCCAUUAUUCACGUCCGACAUGGCCUAUGAUGAUGCUCUCACUGUUGCUGAAGGAUGCUUCCGGCAUUUGGAAAAGAUGUUUACCGAAUUGGAAGACAUUCGACCUUUCGAGUUGCUUCGAACCGGAACAGAUAGAGCAAACUAUCUCUUGACCAAGGAAGCAAAGAUUAUUGCUAUGACUUGCACGCAUGCGGCACUCAAGCGCCGAGAGCUUGUAGGACUCGAGUUCAAGUACGAUAAUGUCAUUAUGGAAGAAUCUGCACAAAUUCUCGAAGUGGAAACCUUCAUCCCACUUCUCUUGCAAAACCCAGAGGAAGGCCGUAGCCGCUUGAAGCGUGUUAUUAUGAUUGGUGAUCACAAUCAAUUGCCUCCUGUAGUGAAGAACAUGGCUUUCCAGCAAUAUGGCAACAUGGAGCAAAGCAUGUUUACUCGUUUCGUCCGUCUUGGUGUUCCUUCCAUUGAAUUAGAUGCUCAAGGUCGUUCCAGGUCCACUAUUGCCCAGCUUUAUAAUUGGCGUUAUAAUCAACUUGGUGAUCUGCCUAACAUUUCUGAGUUUCAAGAAUAUCAAAAGGCCAAUGCUGGCUUCGUGCAUGAUUACCAAAUGAUCAACGUGGACGAGUAUCAAGGCAAAGGAGAGUCAGAACCUGUGCAAUACUACUACCAGAAUCUUGGUGAAGCUGAAUACGUGGUUGCUGUCUUCCAGUACAUGCGCUUAAUAGGAUAUCCCUCCGACAAGAUCACAAUCCUGACAACCUACAACGGACAAGUGUCUUUGAUCAACGAUGUCAUUACACAACGGUGCUCAUGGAAUCCAUUCCUCGGCCGUCCAGCUACUGUUACCACUGUUGACAAGUACCAAGGACAGCAAAACGAUUAUAUCCUUUUGUCCUUGGUGCGUACAAAAGCUGUUGGCCAUCUUAGAGACAUUCGACGUCUGAUCGUUGCCAUGUCUCGGGCUCGUCUUGGUUUAUAUGUCUUCUGUCGACAGCAGCUUUUCCAAAACUGCCUUGAGCUCUCCAAUACUAUUUCAAAGUUCUCUGAAAGACCUGACAAGUUGCUGCUACAACUGAACGAGAGAUACCCUCCUGUUCGUGGCGUAGACGAGAAGACAGAGCCGUUCGAGAUCGAGGACGUCGAUCAUUUGGGUAAAUUCGUCUACCAAAUGAUGGAAGAACAACUGGAGUUUGCCAAAAAGCAAGAGCAGGAAAAAGCAAAAGAGGAUGAAAUGCAAGUCGAUUCAACCUAAGGCAACUCAAACCCCUCCCCCAAAAAAAAGAAAUAGAAAUUUGUGUAUUAUAUCUAUUGCAGUGAUACUGUAAU